AUGUCGAAUGAAAUAGCAUGUGAUCAAGAAAUUGAGAAUAGUAACGGAAACUCUUUUGAUAGAAACACUAUAGAAAAUAUAAUAGCUCAAGGAAUAUCGAAUGCCAUACCUUCGAUCAUUGAAGCUAUUAAAAUUUCGAUGCCUAUAAACGAGAAUCCUAUUAUACAUUGUAAGCAUACCCAUCACUUCAUACCUAGCCCUAGUAUCAACGGAAGUCAUGAUAUUCGUAUCAAAACUCCAUCUUCCAAACGAAAGAAAACCACAACCUAUGGCUACUCCUAUAAGGAAUUCUACUCUAACAAAUCCUCCAAGGACAAAGGAAUGAAACCAGAAAUCGCACAACCUGCCAGCAACAACAAAAAGCACGCAAGAGAACGUUAUUUUAAGAAGGCACUUCGUUGUAACUACUGCAAGAAAGCUGGACAUGUACCAGAGGAAUGUAGAAGGAAAAGGGAAAAUAACGUAUGUUACAAAUGUGGAGAUCCAGGCCACUUCCGUCACUACUGCCCAAAACUAUCUAAGGCUCCAGACAACAAGAACAGAAACCCAUAUGAAGUUAAGGAGAACGCAUAA